AUGGCAUUAAGAGAGUUAAAAGUUUGUCUUUUGGGGGACACUGGCGUUGGCAAAUCAAGUAUUGUGUGGAGAUUUGUGGAAGACAGCUUUGACCCAAACAUCAACCCAACUAUUGGGGCAUCUUUUAUGACCAAGACCGUGCAAUACCAAAAUGAGCUGCACAAGUUCCUCAUUUGGGACACAGCAGGACAAGAGCGGUUUCGAGCUCUGGCACCAAUGUACUACAGAGGCUCUGCAGCGGCCAUCAUUGUUUAUGACAUCACAAAAGAGGAAUCCUUUCAAACGCUGAAGAACUGGGUAAAGGAACUGCGUCAACACGGCCCUCCCAAUAUUGUAGUGGCCAUCGCCGGUAACAAAUGUGAUCUGUCCGAUGCCAGGGAAGUCUUGGAAAAGGAUGCCAAGGACUACGCCGACUCCAUCCUUGCCAUAUUUGUUGAGACCAGUGCCAAGAAUGCUAUUAACAUCAACGAGGUGUUCAUUGAGAUAAGUAAGCGCAUCCCAGUCACAGACGCAGCUUCGGGAACAUCGGGAAAAGGUUUCAAACUGGGGCGGCAAGAGUCAGAGUCUCGCAGGAUAUGCUGCUGA